AUGACGCUAAACAACGACACAGCUGCAUCAACCACCGCGAUGACCAAUGAUGACGAGUUUACGGAAAAGAUGUAUUCGGCUUAUGUUAAAUCUGCAUUUGCUUCCUUGGAAAAAGAUGAUUCUUUGCAAAUUGAUACAUUAACUGAUAAGAUCAAUGCUCCAAUAGAUAGUUCAGAGGCUAUAACGAUACCCCAUUUCAGCAUAUUAUUAAAAGGCCUCAUCAACCAUACAUCAAAACUAGAUGACCGUGCAUGCAAUAACUUAAUCUUUGCCAUUCUUCGAUAUAAAUGGUUGGUCGUGUCAGGAAUUGAUCAAGAAGUUUACACCACCUUUAUAGAUUUAUAUGCACAUUUUCUAACUGUAUUGGUUAGUACAUUGCCUAAAUUCCUAACUGAAGUUUUGAACAAACUAGUUCGUGAAUUUGAACUAUUUGAUUCAACUACUAAGUCCACUCGUCAUCAUCAGAUUUUGCAAAAAAUAUUGAGGUACAUUCCUACAAGUAUAAAUAUGAUUCCACAAAUUUUACAAGCCAAUUUUCCACAUCAUAUUUCAUCAUCCACGGGGGAAAUUAUAAACUAUGUUGAUAAUUUAAUGCAAGUUUUGACAUACUGUUCCGAAUUACAAUUUAGUAUAUGGCAAUUGAUUUUUGAGUGUUGUAUUAAGCUUGAUGUUGAAUUGCAGAAUGAAUUGGAUGAUUUGGAUGAUGAUGAGAUUGAAGAGUUGAUUAAUGGGAAAGACGAUGAUGCAGAACUACUAGAAGUUACCGAAGAAGAGGAGGAAGGAGAAGCAAAAGAGGAGGAGGCAGAUUCUGAUGACGAAGAGAUGGGGGAAGUUGAAUGGGUUGAUUCAGCAACUUCAACAAGAAGCAUCAAGACACUAGCAUCAAAAUUGGACAACAUCAUGCAUUUAUUACUCACUAAGACUUCCAAUUCAUUCACUACUGAAGAAUUAAACAACGGAAAUGGAGUAACAUUAUUCAACACCAUAAAUUCCCUUUUCAAAAGUCACAUCUUACCUACCCAUUUCACAAAACUGAUUCAAUUCAUUUUGUUUCGUAUUACUCAAUACCAACAAGAAUUGGCUGAUUCGUUUUUGGUGCUACUUAUUGAUGUUGCUUUCAAUCCAAAUGAAAUUGUUGAAAAGAGAUUAAAAGCAAUGCAAUAUAUUUCUUCAUAUAUUGCCAGAGCCAAGAAUUUAUCGCGUCAUCAAAUUGUUUUCAUUGUGAGUUAUCUUAUGGGUUGGUUAAACAAGUAUAUUAUUGAACGAGAACAAGAAACUUUUGAUAUUGAGAAUAAACAAAAAUCAGGUUCACAACAACAAACUGGAGGUAUGGAAAGAUUCAAACUUUUCUAUUCUGCAUUUCAAGCUUUAUUAUAUAUAUUCUGCUUCAGACAUGAACAAUUACGCAAGGACCCCUCACAAUCAACAUCCACAUCCACAUCGACAACCUCUUCAUCUUCUUCAGAAUGGGAGUGUGAUAUCGACAAGUUCUUUCAACGUGUAAUCAUUGUCAAAUUUAACCCAUUGAAAUUUUGUGACGAGACUGUUGUUUACAUUUUCGCCAAAUUAGCAACUAAAUUAAAUGUAUGCUAUUGUUAUUCCAUAAUUGAACACAACAAAAGAGAAAGAAUGUUGCAAACUAAUGGUUCGAUAGUUUUGCCUCCUUCAGCAGUGGGAAAUUUUAAACAAAAACAAGAGUUUUUGGACUUGGAAGCCUAUUUCCCAUUUGAUCCUUUGGUUUUACCCAUGUGUAAAAAAUUAGUGGGACAAAAUUAUGUUGAAUGGUCGGAAGUAAAUCCUGAUGAAGAUGAUGAUGAAGAUAGUGCUUCUGGAAGUCACAUGGAAGAUGACGAUGAAGACGAUGAAGAUGAUGAUGAUGAGAGUGAUGAUAGUGAUGAUAGUGAUGAUAGCGAAGACAGCGACGAUGAUGACGACAUUGAUAGUGAUGAUGACUAA